GCUCUGCCUUAGCCGCCCAGUGUCCUGGCGCCGAGCCGCGGGCCUCCCCGCCCCCACUCGGCCCUCGGGUCCCUCCGGUCCCCGCCGGCGACGGUCUCCGCGGCAGCGGCGACGCGGGGCCUGCGGUGCAGCAUGGCCCUGCCGGUGGCCUGCCCGCGGCAGCCGCGCGGCGCGGUACAAAGAACGCGGCCCGCGCCCGCCGUGCCUUUAAAGGCGGCAGCCUGAGACUUAAGGUGUCCCCUGAGUGGCAUCCUCCGCGCCCGGCCCCAUGGAGGGCGCGGGGUCCCGGCGCGCACGCCGCGGCGCCCGGGCCUGUGAGCACGCGCGGGGCCUGGGGGCUGGCGGGGAGGUGGAUCACAAGUAGAAAGCCCAGUGGAUCUAGAGAGAGGGAGGGGAGGGGCUGAGCUGUGGAGAGUGCGGCCCCAGAACCAUGUCUACUCGAGAGUCCUUUAACCCGGAGACUUAUGAAUUGGACAAGAGCUUCCGGCUAACCAGGUUUACUGAACUGAAAGGCACAGGCUGCAAAGUGCCCCAAGAUGUCCUACAGAAACUGCUGGAAUCUUUACAAGAGAACCACUUCCAAGAAGAUGAGCAGUUUCUGGGAGCUGUUAUGCCACGACUUGGCAUUGGGAUGGAUACUUGCGUCAUUCCUUUGAGGCAUGGUGGUCUUUCCUUGGUUCAGACCACAGAUUACAUUUAUCCUAUCGUCGACGACCCGUAUAUGAUGGGCAGGAUAGCAUGUGCCAAUGUCCUCAGUGACCUUUAUGCAAUGGGUGUCACGGAGUGUGACAAUAUGCUGAUGCUCCUUGGAGUCAGUAAUAAAAUGACUGACCGGGAGAGGGAUAAAGUGAUACCGCUAAUUAUACAGGGUUUUAAAGAUGCGGCAGAGGAAGCGGGAACCUCUGUAACAGGCGGCCAAACGGUAUUAAACCCCUGGAUUGUUCUGGGAGGAGUCGCCACAACGGUCUGCCAGCCCAAUGAAUUUAUCAUGCCAGAUAAUGCAGUACCUGGGGAUGUGCUGGUAUUGACAAAGCCCCUGGGGACACAGGUUGCAGUUGCUGUGCACCAGUGGCUGGAUAUUCCCGAAAAAUGGAAUAAAAUUAAGCUAGUGGUCACCCAAGAAGACGUAGAGUUGGCAUACCAAGAGGCAAUGAUGAACAUGGCCCGGCUCAACAGGACAGCUGCAGGCCUCAUGCACACGUUCAAUGCUCAUGCAGCCACUGACAUCACCGGCUUCGGGAUUCUGGGCCACGCGCAGAACCUGGCCAAGCAACAGAGGAACGAAGUGUCCUUCGUGAUUCACAACCUUCCUGUGCUGGCGAAGAUGGCCGCUGUGAGCAAAGCCUGCGGAAACAUGUUCGGCCUAAUGCAUGGGACCUGCCCAGAGACGUCAGGAGGCCUGCUAAUCUGUCUACCCCGUGAGCAAGCAGCUCGGUUCUGUGCAGAGAUCAAGUCCCCCAAAUACGGCGAAGGGCACCAAGCAUGGAUUAUUGGGAUAGUGGAGAAGGGCAACCGCACAGCCAGGAUCAUCGACAAGCCUCGGAUUAUUGAAGUCGCACCUCAAGUAGCCACACAAAACGUGAACCCCACACCUGGUGCCACCUCCUAAUCCAGACAGAGCUAUUUGAUUUUGUUUUUAAAUAGAUCUAUUUCCUUUAUCAUCACUUCAAUUAAAGACUCUAAGAACAACAAAAUCUCAUUGUGUCUACACAUCUGGUGACCCUAGGUCGGUUUAUGAGUGGAUGCAAUUAAUAAAAUGAAAUCCAUGGCCGCCUUUUCCUGUUACAUUAACUGAAGAUGCACCCGACCUCCAGGCAGCUUCUGAGUUGAGAGUGAUCCUGUUAUCCAAUCCUGUUGAUUCAUUUUGAAUCUUUAGCUGUGUGUCUCUUGCCGCAUAGGCGCUCUCUAAAGGUGCUUUUCUGCCACUCGGGCAUUGCUGAGAGGAGUGCCACUAGCCUUCUGUGUCUUCUCAUUUCUGCCUCUCAUCUCAGUCUGAUCUGUUGUCAAGUGUCUCAGUUGACAUUCUAGAAAGACAGAAUGGUAAGUGACAUGAUGGUCUCCCCGUAGUCAGAGGGUUGCAUGGCUCCUUCGAGUGUUUGAUUUGUAAAGUUGAGUCGAAUAACUCGAGGGACUUCUUAUCCAGUAGCUCUCUCAGUUCAGUAUGGCAGGUGCUUUGCUUGGCAUGGAAUGCACUUGGAAUACAAAAAAGGAAUGUUCUUUUAGAACAAACAAAGCUUUCCUGAGACUUGCAGUAAUACCAUUAAUGGUUUUUACUAAUAGGGAAAAGGAUACUUUUUGCAGUGUUCUUUAGAUGUUCUAUAGUGCGACGAGGAACUGCCUUCCGAUGCGGGGGUUCAUGUAUAAUACUCAUUUAUAAUUCAAUAUAUAAUUUACUUCGCAAAUAAUUUUUAAAUAUAAUCAAUACUAAGGACUGUUGUGUGGAUGGUAGUGUUGAAUACAUUUUAUAUUUUGUAUUGUGAUUCCAGGCCUCUUGUUUAAAAUCAGCAGCUCUUUAGCCCAAGUCUUAGCACAUCUUGUCUUGGCACAUCUUGUCUUUGUGCACGAAUUCUGUGAUUUGUGUUAAAAACCUGCAUUGUCAACAUUGCAGCUCCAACAUAAAAGUUGUUAUUCAAAUAAAUAUUUAAUUUUUUUAAUUGCUCUUGUAUAAUCAGAUGCCCUUUUUAGUAUUAUUUUAGAAGCAUUUGGGAGGAUUUUGCCUAAAAUACAAUUUAUUGGGGGAGACUAGAUUUUAGUUUUAUAAACUUUUAAGUCUUUCAUGGGACCUAUAUUUUCUUGAAUUAAAUUUUGUAGUUCUAGAACAAAUAGGCAAUCUACAAAGGUGUUAUCUGUGUUUCUUAAAACCAGGCUUCCUUAUCUUCCUUAUCUGUUAAGCAGCUGGGGGAUUCCCGUCUUUAAGCACAAGGGCACUGGGUCCUCAAACGCCUGACUUCAAAAGAGAAAAAGCACCAAGUCUUCAGGUUUCACAGGGCUUCCUACUAACAGGACAGGCCCCAAAGCUGAGCUCUGCAAACUCACCCAACCUCACUCCUCAACACGGAACACCAGAAAACCGCCACUGGACCAGCGGAACUGCGGAAGGAAGAGGCUGCCACGUGCUUGUGUCCCCAGAAUCUCCUGUAAAUGCACCUCUUACUGGAACUGAAGCCACCAGAGUCUGGCCCCAGCAGAGGAAGCUGUCACAGAAGGACACUAAUUGGACACUAUAUAGGAAUCUAUAAGAUGUUGGUCCUUGAAAGUAUGCACCAGUGGUCUGCAAAAUAAAACAUGUUGGAACCCUCUGAGUGCAGAAACUAUACUGUUGGACUUGCUUCUAUUUUGUUUUGUUUUGUUUUUUAAAUAGUAGGUGAAAUUGGAGCUAACUCUGUAUGUUCUGUUCCCCAAAGCCACUACUUUUCUUGGAGGCAAGCCUGUUGGGAGGAAGUUAGAUGGUUAAUGUUCUGAGCAAAUUAAAGAUUCAUAUAAGGAGAAAAUGCCAGGGGCUUAAGAGAUCCAUGGAUUCGUGAUCUAGGAAAAGCCUUGUCUUGACUAGUGUUUUCAGGGUGCUCGGUAACCGAUGCAUUAGAAUCCCCUGGGUGUUUGUGGAGGAGGCCUUUCUGCACUUUCCUGAGACCCAGAGUCAGUUCUGGCUGUGGAACCAGGUAGUCCAUCUCUCCAAUGUACCCUGUAGGGCUCUGCAUAACAACCCUUGAGAACCACUAAUCUUAAAAGGAAUGUUGGGAGAGGUAAAAAGUGGGGCUGCCGGGGGUCACUCUAGUCUUAGCCAUUCCUCUUUAUUUUCAGUGGCUCUAUGUGUGUGUGUAAAGUUCCUUGACUCAAGUGACUGUCAUUGUUUAAUAAGUUUGGCAAAGUCUACAUGGGACUCUUAAUGUGUCCAGCAGUCACGCCUUGCCGACUUCUGGUACCAGUCUAAAAUUCCACCCUGGAGAAAUUCCACCCUAGUGUCAGAUCCUCUCAUAAUUAAAGUUUAGCAGGUUAUUUCCACAGGCUGGGUUGAAGCAACAACAUUCUUGUUCUUUUUUUGGCUCAGUAUUUUGAAAUAUCUAAGUCUUCCAAAUUCUGCAUGAGUUGUAAUGAAUAAGUGGAAGUUUCUGAUUGUUCUGAUGCAUGAGCGAGCGGCCCUUGCAUCUGAGUUCAGCAUUGCCUUUAAAUUGUUCUGUUUUGAGCUGUGUAAGAUGGCUCAGCGGGUACAGCGGCUUGUCUCAUAAGGCUGAGCUCCAUCUGUCUGCAGAACCCAUGUGCAAAGAACAGUGACCUGCACGUACAUCGUGUGCUAUGUACUCAUGCACCUAGCAAUAAAUACAUUAAUAUUUCAUUGUCAGAGUUCUAGAUCUUCAUUUUAUUCUGUAGAAACAGAAAUAAUAGCUAUACUAGUUUAUUUUUACAGAUGCUUAGCACAGGCAGGUGUUUGAGAGAUCUGAUGGUGCGCAUGCACACACACAAACCCUGCUUGAACGCUCGUUUUCAUAUCUGACCAGGUGCUCACACAACAUACUCUGCUUCCAACACUCGAGUAUCCCAUUCUCAUUAAGAAUCCACAUAAGGAUUGCAGUCAUGAAACAUCAGAGGCCACAGUGAAAAUCCAAAGUCCUUUUGAAUGAGGAGUGGGUGGAUUAGACCAGGCCUGAGUCAACUAACAGGCAGCAUCUCUAGGCAUCCAGACAUGGUCAAGAACCCCUGGAAGCCAAACUUGCUGUACAAGGGUGCGCUUGUGGUUUGUCUGGUGAGUGAGUAUUGGGUGCAUAGGUCUUAACAUUCUCUGCAGUUUCCUAUUAUGAUAGACCUCACAUAUCAACACUGCUGGCAUUGAUGGUCCUUGCUAGGUCGUGCUGCCUUUUAAGAGGUUAAUGCCCAGGACAACAGCAUGUAACAAAGUCCAGCGACUGUGGAGCUGGGUCUAGUGACACAGGGCUGUAAUCCCACAUACUCAGGAGGCCGAAGCAAGAGGACCUCGUUCAAAGUCUGCCUGGGCAACCUAAUAAGGCCCUGCUUUGCUCUCCUCCAGCACAAAGGAUCCUAAAAAGUUCGAAAGUAUAGCUUAGUGGUAGAGUAUUUGCCUAGCAUUCACAAGGCCCUGGGUUUAGUCCUCAGUAGCAGCAAAAACCAAACUUGAUGAAAACAAGAUUAAACGUCACUAGUUUACUGUAAUUACAGUGUGAUUGUGGGACAAGGCUGAUGCAGCCACCAUUGUAUUUCAGGAAUAAAAACAUGUACGUGGAAAUAUAUAGAAUGUAAUGUUUAUCACCCAAGCAUAUUUUGCACACUUUUAAAGCAAAAUUAUAUAAAAUUUAAUGUCUAGGAUAUAUUCCUGGGUUUGGGUCCACUUUGAGAAAUAAAACUAUAAUAGUUUAAA